AUGGCUGACCGCGUCACUUCCCGGAGCACCUGCGUGACCGCAGCCGCAAACCACGUGGUAAAGCAGAAGCCCUCCGACCUCACCGACCAGCAAAAAGAGAACCUUCAGGAUGCCCUACUCGGCGCAAAGAAGAUGCUUCAGGGCCCAGAUUGCCCUGAGCCAACUCCGAAAGAAUUUGAUCGUUUUCUGUCUGUCGUUUUCGGUAUGUGGAUGAGCCGACAAUACCAUGUGUUGCCCGAGGCGAAUAGCCUCACAACUGGAAUGGGUGACAAGACAGUGCCUGUCGGUCGCCUUGACAAGGAGGUGGCGACGUCCAAGGAGGUCAAUGAGGAGAGCAAACGCCGCCAGGGUGCUGUCACUGGAAAGGUCACCAAGACUCGGGGCUCCAAGCAAACCAUCUCCCCUUACGAAGUCAGGACGGCACACAGGGAUCGCAUGCGGGGCGCACAGGUGCUGAUCAGGGCCAGCCUCAAGAACGGCUCCAAGGUCACCACACAGUUCGUCACCCAGAGUGGCGGCUUUCUCUCUUCAACUGUUCCCAUGACAUACCUCGCUGGCAUGUCCGAAGUCAAGGCGUAUUACGAGUCCUUCCGGCAGUUUGAUCAGUAUGAGGUCACACGAGUCAAUCACUACAAUCUCGCCAUCGCAGUUUUCAUUGCGCGGAAUCGUAUCACAACUUGGGCUAAUGGCGCUCUCCCUUCGACUCGCCCCAUCGAGGAGCCAUUUGGCUUGUUAAGGCCCAUUAACACGAUUCGCGACAAGGCCGUCACGUUCGAGAAGAACAAAAUGAAGGAUGCCUGUGACAUGCUCAAGCAGCUUCCGGCAUACAAUCUGUACCCCGGCAUUCCAACAGAGGAUCACUUCGAUGCCCCGCAGCACAACGUGGGAGCCUAA